AUGGUUGAAGUUACCCUCGAUAAAAUAGAGAAUAUAGAGGCGGGAGACCAUCAAUCAUACUUGCAACUUGCUUUAUCGUUAGCCACUCAAUCCCCGCCAAAGCCCACCAAUUAUCGAGUCGGUGCGGUCGUGGUAGACAUAGCUACGAAUGAGAUCCUAGCGACCGGUUACACGCUGGAACUUCCUGGAAACACUCAUGCAGAACAAUGCUGCUUCGAGAAACUCGCAGAGAAGUAUGGUGCCACUGCUAGCCGACUAGGCGAAGUGCUUCCCGGCGAGGUUGCGCUUUAUACAACAGUGGAGCCGUGCUCUUACAGACUGAGCGGUAACCUACCUUGCGUGGAUAGGAUAGUAGCGAUAGGAAAGACGAUCAAGACGGUCUAUGUUGGGGUCCAGGAACCAGACAAGUUUGUCAGUGAUAACUCCAGCAAGCGGAAAUUGAAGGAUGCUGGCAUUGAGUUCGUUCAUGUUUCUGGCCUCGAGAAGGAUAUCCUGGAAGUUGCGACAGCAGGCCACGAGAAAUCUACAUGA